AUGGCCGAUAUCGACUCCAAACCACCCGUCCUCGACCUUCCUGCUCUGCACGGCGACCAAGACGACCAUGCUACCGCCGCCACCAACGACCUCUCCAACAACACUGGCGCCUUUGCCGAGAAUGCUGCAGUUUCAGGCAUCACACCUGUCGCCGACUACAUCCCCAAAGAUGCGACCACAUCCCAUCCAACUCCGCCCCCGGACGAACCACUCGCCACUUCUGAAGCCAACGUCGACGUUGACAUGAAAGCAGAUGAAGUGCCCAAGGUCGAGUCGGUGUCGGAACCCCAGUCGGCGGUGUCAGAGCCUGCUGUUGCACCAGUCUUCUCAUCAACUGACUCAAGUCUGGUGCGGCCGCGCGAAGAUGACGAUGACGGAGACGACGAUGAGCGAGCGGCGAAGCGCAGCAGGGUUGACGGCGAUUUGGAUCAGGAUCAGGAUGUGACAUUACCUGACGCUCCACCGGUGGACUCAGUUGUGUCUGCGCCACCGCAACCUGAGGCCGAUCCACCUGUUACUACCACUGCCGACAUCUCUCAAGCGCCCGAAGUUGCUGCUGCGGCACCUACAGCGCCGGAAGCAAGCCCUGAUCCGCAGAGAGCACCGUCAGAGGACCCUCCUGCUGCUGAUGUCGACGCGCCUACCACUAACGAACUAUCUGAUGAUCCCACUUCUGUCCCUGCCGCUGCUCAAAGCGCAGAUGAACCUCCGGCGCCUUUACCCAACGGCGAGAGUGCAUCACAGCCACCGCCGCCUGAGGCCGAAGCAAAGCCUGAGGAUGCGAAGCCUGUACAGGCUCCAGCGCAAGAUGCUGCUCAACCUGCAGCGCCAUCAAAUCCCACCUACAGCAAAGAGCCUCUGACGCAACCACAGAUACGGUAUCUUGUGGAUAAGCUCAAGAAUAUGAAGAAGACCAAGCACGCUAGUAGCUUCCUCUUCCCCGUCGAUUAUGUGGCUCUCAAUAUCCCCACUUACCCCGAUGUCAUCAAGAAUCCCAUGGAUCUCAGCACUCUGGAAAAUAAGUUGAAGACUCUCAAGUACGGCUCGGUCCAAGACUUUGCUGACGACUUCGAUCUCAUCAUCCAAAACUCGCGCACAUUCAACGGAGACGCUCACCCUGUCACUGUGGCCGGAUUUUCGAUGCAAGCGUACAUGCGCAAGAUACUCGAGACCAUCCCUAGCGCCAAUCAGGUCGUGCUUCAGAAGCCGCAACCCAAGAAGGCGUCCCCGAAGCCACAACCCCGUCGAGAGUCCCGAGCUGUAACCCAGCCCACGGCUCCUCCAGCUGCUGCUGCACCUGCACCAGCGGCGACUUCUGUCGAAUCCUUCGCUCUCCAGCCAGAUGGCACUCCACAGAUACGUCGCGACUCCACGAUCAACCGUCCAGCCCGCACCAUCAAGCCACCGCCCGCGCGAGAGUUGACCUAUUCGAAGCCAAAGAGAAAGGAGCACCAACUUGAACUCAAAUUCUGCGAACACGUCUUGUUUGAGGUCAAAUCACCCAAGUACGGCUCGCUCAACUCGGUCUUCAUGCAUCCUGUCGACCCGGUCGCGCUGAACAUUCCUCACUAUCGUCAAAUCGUGAAGCAACCGAUGGAUCUGUCGACCAUGACUCAGAAGUUGAAGCAAGGCCAAUAUGGCAAAGCCUCUGAAUUUAAGAAAGACUUCGAGCUCAUGAUCAACAACUGCCUGGUCUUCAAUCCUCAUGGCAAUCCAGUCCGCGACAUGGGCGUCCAAUUCAAGCGCGAGUUCGAGGCAUUGUGGCAGACCAAGGAGAAGUGGGAGAAGGCACGCAAAGCUGAGCUGCAGCGUGGAACGUCUGCAUCUGCCGACGAAUACAGCGGCGAUGAGGAAGAAGAGGAAGAGGAAGAGGGUGAGGAGGACAAGUCUAGCACCAUUGCCGCGUUGCAGAAGCAACUGCAGCAGAUCCAAGGCGCUCUGGCAGAGAUGAACCAGCCUGCCAAGAAGAAGACCUCGAAGAACCCCAAGACCAAGACGACGAAGAAGUCCCUUGGUGGCGGCGCUCCACCUCCCAACAAGAAGCCGGUACCCAAGCCAAAGGCGCCGAAGAAGCCAAAGCAAGUCACGUACGAGGAGAAGCAAGAAAUCUCCGACGCAGUUGGCCGGAUGAGCGAGGAUCAGGUUAGCAAGCUGACCAAGAUCAUCACCGACAACUGCCAGAAGUACGCGGACCAGGAAGAGAUGGAGCUCGAGAUCGACGACUUGCCAAACGACGUGCAGGCCAUGCUCUUGACGUAUGUCCGUUCGUUGUUUGGCAAGCCCAGCAGAGCCGUUCGUGCCGACUCUCCUGAUGAUGCCGCUGCCCUGGACGAUGACGACUUCGAGCCCACCGAGCGCGGCGGUCGUCGUGGCGGCGGCGGUGCCGGCAACAAGCGCAAGAAGCACAAGCCUAUGCACAAGGAGGAGCAGCAGAAGGCUAUCAACGACAUCAAGAACAAGCUCGCCCAGUUCCAGAACGCUACCAGCGCCUCUCCCAGCCAGCAAGAGGAAUCUUCUGGUGACGAGAGUGAAGAGAGUGAGGAGGAGUAG